UUGCAAAGGUGUGAACCUUCCUCCACGAGUCUCUCCAAAUACCUUACCUUACACUUACUUUCUACACAAGUGUGUCAUUGUGCGCACUCAAUUUUUCCUCCAUCUCUUAUCGCACGUUGCUUAAGUGAGUCGCUUCUGCAGCGUGCCAUCGUACCUGUUGAUAUCGGACUUCCGGCCGCUGGCGCAAAACCGUCGCAAACGUCAUCACUCGACAGCUUCAAUAAGCAUGCGCUAAGUCUGGUGUGCAACUCGACACUCUUCUAACUGGCUACAUCACCGGACUACUCUGCAUAUAAUUCGAGCACAGGUUAGUCAUCAAGUUCAAGAAAGUCUUUAUCGGAAUAUUCCCUAAGAUGCGACUCCUAUCGAUGCAGGGCACACCACUACUGCACCAUGGCUUCUCAGCGGCACACCACGGCCUCGAGGCCUCGUCGCGACUCAGCGAUCGCUACAGGUUCCCAAUCUACUGCCAACGAUCGAAUGCGAGUCACCAAGGCCGGAGCCCGAACGUCCCCGAAUAAGCUCGCCGAUGGUCUCCGAUCUAAAACUCGAUCCUCGACUCGCUCCCACAUUCAGUCAUAUGUUGGCAUGGAAAGCUCCGAUGAGGAAGACUCCAUCGCGGAUGAAUCCGAAGAUUUUGAAGAGUCACCACGCACCUCACGCAAGAGUCCCCGAAAGACGCCGACCAAGGCUAGCGAUGGAAGAGGGGUUAGCCGGGCCGGCACCAAACGCAAGUCGACCACCACUGCGCGAGACUCUGCCCCUAAGAGAGGUCGAGGUCGACCUCGCAAAGUGGAGGCUUCACCGCGGAAAGCCAAGCACGACUCCUCGGACGAAUCCGAAGACAAUGGGUUCGAAGACGAACUCUCAGAUGCCAAACCUACCCCAAAGACCACGCCGGCUAAGCCGCGAGGGAGGCCCCCAAAGAAAAAGGUGGACAUCGACAUGAACACUACAAGCCCUGUCAUUCCAAACUGGCUCGACCCCCAAAUUGCGCAUUCAAUCUGGGUUCAGAUAUUUCAAUUCGCGGCGAUUUCAGGCGAUGAGCAGGAUACAUUAGACGUCAACUGGAUCCUCCAUACGGCUAGGACGUGCAGGCAAUUCGCUGAUCCGGCAUUGACCGUUCUCUACAAAUGUCCACCAGUACGGGACGAGACCAAAGCUUAUGGGCUCGCGGAGUUGCUCGAGAAGCCGCCAUCGCAGACUACAUUCAACUACAGAGCGAAAAUCGAGGCCCUUCACAUCGACGUCAGACUGGUGUCUUUACGAGGCCUGACAUCGCCACUGAAGCUGAUGCAGAACUUGCCACGUCUCAAAGAGGUCCUACUCGUGCAUGGAUAUGACCAGGCCCCUUUUCGAAAGUUGAAGGAAUCCAUCAAGUGGACGUAUCCUGACGAGCUCUUCGAGGCAUUUGAGGUGUCUCCUACUGCAGCUGCUGAGGCUGGGGAAAAGACUGCAAUAACACGGCUCCAAAGCUGGCAAUGGAGCUCCAGGCUGAUGGACAAGAACUGGGAGGCGAGCCUUGCGAGACUUCAAGAAGUUCACCAGAUGCCGAGCUUCGUCUCUUUACGGAAACUCAAGUUCGUGAACUACCAGAUGCCCUCCAUCAGACUGGACAAAGAUCCCGAGACCAAUCCCGAAUUGCUUGCCGAAGAUGAGAAGUCUGUGAGCCUGCUUGCAAACUCUAUUCUGGCUCUUCCCAAUCUCGACGAUCUGGUCUUCGAAUCUUCGACAAUCAUUACUACGUCACUGUUUCCCUUGCUCCCAGCAAGGCUGAGACGCCUAGAGCUAGUGAACUGCGCGGAAGUUAUUGCCGACGAUUUCAGCUUGUUUCUGGUCACGAAAGGACAUCAGUUGCAAUCGCUUGUGUUGAAUCACAACCGUUCACUGAACCUAUCUUUCCUUACAGUGCUGGGAACUGCGUGUCCGCACCUAAAGGAGCUGCGUAUGAACCUGCAGUACUUCAGCUUAUUGGAAUCGAGUAACGAUCGACUUCCCUCUUACGACACGCUACUGCUGCCGAAUGAGGUUCCUAGCUGGCCAGCAUCUUUGCAAGUGGUUCAUCUGGAGAAUCUUCGUCACUGGAGUUCCGGCGCAGCUGAUACUGCGGUUGCGGAGGCCUUUCUUCAAUCAUUGAUUGAUAGCGCUAAAGAGUUACCGGAUCUCAGACACAUCUCCAUCAAGGCAAUGCUCAGCAUUUCCUGGCGGUCACGAGUGGAACUCCGAAAGUCGUGGCAGGAGAAGUUUGAAAAGAUCUUCCUUCGACAAAGCCCCGAUCCAAAACAACACUUCACCCUGCAGAAACCAUUGCCCGUCGAGUCAUCUCACCUGGUCGUUUCGAAGCGAAAGUCCAAGAAACCUGCCGCAGAGCCAUCCCGGCGGAGCAAACGAGUUGUGUCCUAUGCUUCGGGUACCUCUUCUCGCGCUAGCAGCACGUCGAGAGGGCUUCGUGGCCAGCAGCUGCAGCCCAAGUCGUACGCGGAGCCUGACAGCGACGAAUUCGACUCUGAAAACGAUGUCGAUAUGGAAGAACCCGAAGAAGAUUCCAAUCAGGGCGAGACCGACGAAGCCUCUGAAGAAGCAGCGGCAGACACAUUUGUACAAGGCAUGUGCAACGUUGUCGAUAUCCACAUCGACAACCAAAAGCCCCGGGAGCAUCAGUAUAGCAUGGAUGACUUCCUGAACGACGAACGCGACUUUGAGGUCGAUGACGAAUGGGAUAGCGAUAUGGACUACGCGUAGGAUUGACUGUUUCUUUGCUUCCCUUUCUUUGUCGGCGAGAGGUACUCGCAUGACCCC